AUGGCCACUGACAAGGGACUCGAGGAUGUCCCCGAGGGACAGAUCGAGUCGAACUACGAUGAGACGGUCGAUUCUUUUGACGACAUGAACCUCAAGUCUGAGCUGCUUCGCGGCAUCUAUGCUUACGGUUUCGAGCGCCCCUCUGCUAUCCAGCAGCGGGCUAUCAUGCCGGUCAUCAAGGGCCACGAUGUCAUUGCCCAGGCUCAGUCCGGUACUGGCAAGACGGCUACUUUCUCUAUCUCGGUCCUGCAAAAGAUCGACCCCACCGUGAAGUCGUGCCAGGCACUUAUCCUUGCUCCCACCCGUGAGCUUGCUCAACAGAUCCAGAAGGUCGUCAUUGCCAUCGGCGACUUCAUGAACAUCGAAUGCCACGCCUGCAUCGGUGGCACUAGUGUCCGUGACGACAUGAAGGCCCUUCAGGAUGGCCCCCAGGUGAUUGUCGGCACCCCCGGCCGUGUCCACGACAUGAUCCAGCGGCGCAUCCUCAAGACCGACCAGAUGAAGAUGUUCGUUCUUGACGAGGCCGAUGAGAUGCUUUCGCGCGGUUUCACCGAGCAAAUUUACGACAUUUUCCAGCUGCUGCCGCAGUCCACCCAGGUCGUUCUGCUUUCCGCUACUAUGCCUCAGGACGUGCUCGAGGUCACCACCAAGUUCAUGCGCGACCCUGUCCGCAUUUUGGUCAAGAAGGACGAACUCACCCUCGAGGGUAUCAAGCAAUUCUACAUUGCUGUUGAAAAGGAGGAUUGGAAGCUUGACACCCUGUCGGAUCUCUACGAGACCGUCACCAUCACCCAGGCCGUCAUCUUCUGCAACACCCGCCGCAAGGUCGACUGGCUUACCGACAAGCUCCAGGCCCGUGACUUCACUGUCUCUGCCAUGCACGGUGACAUGGACCAGACUCAGCGUGACCUGAUCAUGAAGGAGUUCCGCUCCGGCUCCUCGCGUGUCCUGAUCGCCACCGAUCUCUUGGCCCGCGGCAUUGAUGUCCAGCAGGUCUCCCUGGUCAUCAACUACGACCUUCCCGCCAACCGGGAGAACUACAUCCACCGCAUCGGUCGUGGCGGCCGUUUCGGUCGUAAGGGUGUUGCUAUCAACUUUGUUACUGCCGAUGACGUGCGCAUGAUGCGCGAGAUCGAGCAAUUCUACAGCACCCAGAUUGAGGAGAUGCCGAUGAAUGUGGCGGACUUGAUCUAA